GGGUCCCCAGGCGGUUCCUCUCUCUCUGGGCGUCUCCGUCUCUGCUCACCCCCGCAGGCUCAGCCAGGCCCCGGACACGCCGGGAGGCGAGAGGAGGGGGCGCGGCGGCGGCGGUAGCGCGGAGCCGGCUCCGGUCUUACGUAAGAAACGGGUCCCCGCGCGGCCAGCCGGGCAGAGAGGCGGCGGCGCCGCCCAGCGGGAUCCGGGCUGAGUGUGGCCGCGCUUCCCUCUCGGCCGAGGGGUGGCAGGCGAGUCCCCGCGUGCGGAGGGUGCCGAGGCAGGGGCCGCUGGGCAAAGUGCGCGGGCUGCCUUCCCGGCCACCCUCUCCCCGUCAGAGCCAUGGCUUCCAAACUCCUGCGCGCGGUCAUCCUCGGGCCGCCCGGCUCUGGCAAGGGCACCGUAUGCCAGAGGAUCGCUCAGAACUUUGGCCUCCAGCAUCUCUCCAGCGGCCACUUCUUGCGUGAGAAUCUCAACGCCAACACGGAAGUUGGGCACGAAGCAAAGCAGUACCUAGAAAAAGGUCUUCUGGUUCCAGAUCAUGUGAUCACACGUCUGAUGAUGUCAGAACUGGAGACCCGGAGUGCCCAGCACUGGCUGUUAGAUGGGUUCCCAAGGACAUUAGUGCAAGCAGAAGCCCUGGACAAAAUCUGUGAUGUGGACCUAGUGAUCAGUUUGAAUAUUCCUUUUGAGACUCUUAAAGAUCGCCUGAGCCGACGGUGGAUUCAUCCUUCCAGUGGGAGGGUCUACAACCUGGACUUCAACCCGCCUCAAGUGUUGGGAAUCGAUGACAUCACUGGCGAGGCACUCGUCCAACAGGAGGACGACAAACCUGAAGCCGUUGCUGCCAAGCUGCGACGGUACAAGGAUGCGGCCAAACCGGUCAUCGAGCUGUACAAGAGCCGUGGAGUCCUCCACCAGUUUUCUGGGACAGAGACUAACAGAAUCUGGCCUCAUGUUUACUCACUUUUCUCGAACAAGAUCGCACCCAUUCAAUCCAAAGAAGCAUACUGAGCCGAGCCUGCCAUCGGAAGAGCCAAGGAGGUGUUGUCGGUCACUCAGCCGUGCGUGGCGUCUUGGUGCCCUGGCCAAAUUAGAAGCUAGCUGAGAUAGCUUGCAGCAUCUUUUCUAGUUUAAGUGAUGAAGUGAUGAGGAAAAUCUAGUGGGUAGGAAGGAUUCAUGAAGAAAGAAACCCUCCUCUGCCUUUUGAAGAGAAGGUAUAGCUCUGCAGCUGUGUCACACCCCUCACAGGAAAGCAAGGGCAGACUGGAUUUCCACCGGCGUUAAGCCUACACUCUGCACGGGCUGACAGCCAUGUGCUUGCAUAGCCUUUUUGCAUGCAACAGUGGGCUUUCUGGCCUAUAACCACCUUCUACAGGCUAUUAAGCCACAGCACCGUCAGCCUGAGAACGUGAAGGUGCGUGGUCAUGGCUUGUCCACCGCCAUACCCUCUGACAACUGAAUUGACGCUGAUUGCACUCAAUGGCUGCUUUCUCCCUCCGAUCUCGAUCUCAGAAAUCCUAGAUUCUGUUGACUGUAUCUCAUCCGCUUGCUCCCUUCCCAGGCUAUUCAGUAACAUGGUAGUUUCUGCAUUCACCCUUCUAACUUCUGAGAACUAGGUGACUAGAUCCAGUCCCUUCCUUCAUACUGGGAACUUAGCUGGGCGGAAGGCUUCCUUUGCUAAACAGCUGCUCUGACUGUCUUGAGCCCACUCUGUACCUUUUAUUGUUUUAAAAAGAUUCCUCAACGUCUUCAGAAGAAGGGGCAGGGGAGAAAAGGAAAGAAAUGCCCACUUAUGGAAAUUGGGGUGAUUGUAUCUUCUAUAUGGAAGUAAUUGUAUAGAAAUCACUGGACUAAUAAGAUGGCUGGGUUCAAGGCUGAACAUCUGCUAAAUAUCGAUGCUGCCAGCAUUUCUUCUGUGAGUGAUCCAGGCAGACCGGGAGAAGUCAGUAAAGGGAACAAGCCUGUGGGCUUGGAUGGAGCAUCUUGCACUAGAUGAACAUAGACCUGCACUGAGUAAGGCAGCUUUACUGUUUUGGGAACGCAGAAUCUUUUUGUUUUCUCCCUAUUCCAAAGACUCAGUCUGUAGGUGGCCAUGAAGUCCAGAAAUGAAGAUACUAAUAUUUUGUCAAUGAUUAUAUGUCAAUAAAGCAUUUGUUAAAAGAUUUUUUUCUGGUUUCCAGACUUGUUGGCCACCUUGUAUACUUUUUACUCUUCUGGGAAGAACAGUGAAAUGUCUUCCUUUUGCCUUAAAAAAAGUGUCCUGCCUCUGCCUGUCCCCAGGAAGCGUCCUUUAUCACCGGCAGUGAUUUUUAGUGUGAAUCUCACAGUCUGGUUGGGGGCAGGGUUUGGGGUGGACUCAGCACUUUAGUGGAAACGGACAUUACUACGCUCUGAAGGGGUCACGGGAGUCCCCAGUCCUUCACUGCCAUAUGUUCUGUGUGCUGAUGAGUCCGUCUUUGGCAUGGCACUGCCCAGACUCUUGUGUCUUCUUAGUUGUCCUUCCGUGUGCAUGUUCUCUGGCCGCCUGUGAGGAGAUGCAGACCAGCACCCCCUCAAAGAGCUGAGGUGCAGCGGUGCGGCUCAGAUCUGACCUCUUGGCAUUGUCACGAUGCUGAGCAGUUUGGAAGCUUGCAUUUGGACGUCACUUGGUAGGGAUGGGGUGAUAAAAGCCCAGGGUUCUCGGGGAAGCAGGCCAGGUGUGGGAAACAUAUAGGUUAGAGUAGGGUCGCCCUCAGAUGACUGGGAAGUAGAGAGGUAAAGGGGUUCAGGGUAGUUCAAAAGAAGGGGACAAUAACAGCAAAUUCCUUUUCCCUCUUGUAGGGAUUGGGGAGAGCAAUAGGGUGUGAGCAAAUUCUUGCCUACACACUCUUGUUUCUCUACGCAUUACAAGCUCAGUAGACUAAGGCAGCCAGCACUGGGGACACGAUCUCGGAUCUCGGCAGCAAGGGCGGAAACACAUCUUUUCCAAGAUCUUGGCCGAUUUUCAUGUCCGUUGACUUAAAAAACGAUACUUUCUGCGGCAGACUUGGCUGUUCUUUUCUACAUGAUUUUUUUUUUAAAUGAACAUUAAUACUGAAAGUAUAUUGACAAAGGUAGAAUGAAUCUUCCCAGCAUCCCAUGAGGCAGACACAAUCACUCCUUCCUAUAAACAAGGAGUCCAGGGUACGAAGUCUUGACCCAGGCUUUUGAUAAAAGUAAAACAGUACAGCUAUAGUUCAGUCCCAGGUUUUCCCUGAUUCAAGAACCCUUGGCCUUUUACUGCAUUUUAGCUGUAUGUCUUUUGGCCUAAGCAAGCCAGGGACACGAGCCUGCUAGGGUCUGCUUGUGGGCUCAGAGCAGCAGACAUCACUGGAGUGGCAGCAUUGCUAAGGAAGUUGCUAAAUACAAGGGUUCCAGGCAGACUUAAGUUUAAUCCUAGGCUAAUCUGCCUCAAUUCCAGCUGUCAGGAAACCAUGAAGCCAUAAAGAUAAGGGGAUCUAUUAAAACAUUAAAAUUAACCAUAAAAUGCCAUUCCUUAUUUUGGUGUGGUGAACUGCACAAUUCUUGCCAGAAUAAAUGCCAUCAACUGUGCCUCCGGGCACUCGGUUUGACCAUUCUGCUUGUGGUUGGGGUAUGAGGGAGACAGGCUAAGCCUUUCGCUCAGGUGGCAAAGGUCCACAUGUAGCAUUCAUAUGGACCCCCUCUAGUGACAAUAAGAAGGACAGUGUCUUCCAGUAAAGGGUUCUUGUUUAUAAGACCUUUGAAAAGCACAUUGCACCUUGUCUCGGAUUCAGGAAAAAGGGAAGAAAUGGAAAACCUGGCCUGUGUGUAAGCUGCAAGAAAUGGUAGGGCUCAAUGCUUUUUUUUUUUUUUUUUUUUUAAAGGAGAGUUUAUACUACUGAAGUUAUGCAUUUUGUUUUUUAGCUGAACGGAUCCCUGGGGGGAUUAUGUUGAGCUAAAAUUGUAUUUCACUGUGAUCCUUCAAGUUCAAGCCAAUCUCCUAACCUAAUCUGAUCUUUAGUUUCCCAGGAGCCAACAGGUCAGCUUUUCUUCUGUGUGACAGUUGGUGUUCCUCUUGAUUUUGGCAUAUGUGCUUAAUUCAGAGUAUCUGAGUCUGUUCUGUCUGUGUAUGUUAUCGCCUAGCUAUUAUUCAUUGUAUUAACUGAUUUUUGUUAUCUUGCCUACGAUUGAUUUGUAUUCAUUGAAUUUGGUAGAAAUAAACGUUUUUCUGCUUAAUAUGCAAUCAACUGA